CUUUUAAUGUGAAGAUUGCGGAAGUAGUUUUAUCAUUCGUUAAACAUAGUAUGUUUAACGAACCUCUUCCAAAGGAAUUCGACAAAGUCCAGCUUACCCUUGCUCUGAAAGUGAAAGCAAUGGUUAUGGCAAGUUAGAAAAAGUGUUUUUCCAACGUAAAGUUACAAGUGAGAGAGAAGGCUACACUGUAAGAGAUAUUCUGGCCUCUCCAGAACCUCAGACUACAGGAAGAAGAGAGUCUAUGAUGGAUUUUCUGACACUGUGCCGCAUAGAUGAUCAGCUUUCCUCCUCUGAGGUGGAAGAACUCUGCUUCUUGUGUCGUGAUUUCGUCAAUAAGAAACAUCUGGAGAAGAUCUCUGAUGCCAAAGAGCUUUUUAUUAGACUUCAAGAAGUGGGUCUCCUGGAGAACCAUGUUUUCCUCUCUCAGCUUCUUGAAACUCUACGCCGAGUAGAUCUCCUUGACCUCCUGAAAGGGGAAAACUGGUCACAGGAGGAAACAGAUGCAGUUCCCGUCCUGUCACCAUACAGGAAAAUGUUGUACAAAAUAUACGAUGACAUGACGAAAAUGAAUCUGAAAACAUACAAGUUUCUACUGGGAAACAGGCUGGAGAGAAGACAGAUUGAAGCCAGCAAGACUGCCCUGGAUUUAUUUGCAGAGCUUGAACAGGCUGGUUUUUUGUCCGGUACAAAUGUUAGUGAGCUGCAUAGAGAUCUGCUGAAUAUGGAUCAACAACUGGCAAUGAUUGUGCAGCGCUACAUGGAACAGAUGGCACAUGUUAAUGACGAGGAACAACCGAGAAUUCUUCCUCGCAUCAAUGUGGAUUACGAGAGGUCCACUAUCUCUUCCAAUCCACAACUUGAGUCCAUGUCUGAGUCCCGGCCAAGUUAUGAAAACACAAUUUACUCAGAUGCACAUCCAAACCAGUCAGUCAAGCCUCUUGACAAGACAGAUUUCUAUUCCUUGGAUCACAAUCCCCAUGGUUUGUGCGUGGUCUUUAACAACGAGAAAUUUAGAGGGGGUUUGGGAGACAGACCUGGAACUCAGGAAGAUUCAAAGGGUCUGCGUUCAGUGUUCACCCGCCUUGGCUUUACUGUGUUGAUUUACGAUAACCUGACUGCUGAUGGCAUACGAUCUAAGCUAGCAGAGCUGAGCAAAAACAAUUUCGUCGACCACGACGCCUUAGUGGUGUGCGUACUUUCCCACGGAGAUGUGGGAUGCAUCUAUGGGACCAAUGAGCAGCGGGUGCUUCUCCGAGAACUGACUCAGCCUUUUAAGAGCUGUAGAGUCCCCACGCUUGCUGGGAAGCCCAAACUCUUCUUUAUCCAGGCCUGCCAAGGAAAUGCCUACCAGGGAGGAGUCCUUCCAUGUCCCCCAAAUUCGAAGGAGGAAGAGGAGGUUGAACAGACCAUAGAAGAAGACGCAGGGCCUAUCCAGGGCGAGACUGUGCCCUGGGAUGCCGACUUUCUGUUGGGCAUGGCGACUGUGCCCGAGUGCCGAUCAUUUCGAAACAUUUAUUCGGGCUCCAUCUACAUCCAGGAGCUGUGCAAACAGCUGCUCGAAGCAGCAGAAAGCCCCGAGAGGGACGAUAUUCUAACCGUUCUGACACGUGUGAAUAGAAACGUCAGCAAGGGACUGUACAAGAGUCGGAAACAAAUGCCUGAGCCGAAAUACACUCUUACCAAGAAGCUGGUUCUGAGGUUUGUUUAAGCUGACUGGAUGUUGAACUCGUGUCAUUGUGAUAUGUUUAUGCAGUCACUUUAUGAUUUACAAUAAAUUGAUACAUUUUUAGUCUUCCAACAGCACAGUUCUGUUGUUGUUGUUUGUAACAAAUUAGUGAAGCAAGUAAAUGAAAUGCUGUGUUUCUGAAGAAUCAUAUUUUUAAAAACAUGUUUUAUAGAAUUUUUAAAUGAUUCCUAUGCUAGCUUUUGCAAAUUAAUUGAUGAUAAAUCUGGAACACAGACCAGAA